AUGCUCCCCACAAUAUCCAGCGCCCUACGCUUUCUGCCCCUGCUCAGUCCCCUCUCUGCCCGCUGUAAAAACCUCACCCUGCCCUCUGCCCCCUGUGAAAACCUCACCCUGCCCUCUGCCCCCUGUGAAAACCUCACCCUGCCCUCUGCCCGCUAUGAAAACCUCACCCUGCCCUCUGCCCCCUGUGAAAACCUUACCCUGCCCUCUGCCCCUGUGAAAACCUCACCCUGCCCUCUGCCCCCUGUGAAAACCUCACCCUGCCCUCUGCCCCCUGUGAAAACCUCACCCUACCCUCUGCCCCCUGUGAAAACCUCACCCUGCCCUCUGUCUCCUGUGAAAACCUCACCCUGCCCUCUGCCCCCUGUGAAAACCUCACCCUGCCCUCUGCCCCCUGUGAAAACCUCACCCUGCCCUCUGCCCCCUGUGAAAACCUCACCCUGCCCUCUGCCCCCUGUGAAAACCUCACCCUGCCCUCUGCCCCCUGUGAAAACCUCACCCUGCCCUCUGCCCCCUGUGAAAACCUCACCCUGCCCUCUGCCCCCUGUGAAUACCUCACUCUGCCCUCUGCCCCCUGUGAAAACCUCACCCUGCCCUCUGCCCCCUGUGAAAACCUCACCCUGCCCUCUGCCCCCUGUGAAAACCUCACCCUGCCCUCUGCCCCCUGUGAAAACCUCACCCUGCCCUCUGCCCCCUGUGAAUACCUCACUCUGCCCUCUGCCCCCUGUGAAUACCUCACUCUGCCCUCUGCCCCCUGUGAAAACCUCACCCUGCCCUCUGCCCCCUGUGAAUACCUCACCCUGCCCUCUGCCCCAUGACUCCCACCAGAAUACUGCAGCCCAAUGUUUUGUCUAUCACCCAGUCCAUUAA